CGCCUCGCCUCCCCGCGGAGCUCCCCCCCCCGCCGCCGCCGGCCCCCCCCCCCCCGGCACCGCUCCCCCGGCACCGCUCCCGCCCGAGCUGCUUUAUUCGCCUGCCUCUUAACACGGAGCCUGCUUAUUUGGCAGUUUCUCAAGUUACUCCCCUCAGGCAGCUUGAGCCAGUAAAACCAGAUCCUUUCAUCUCGGCGGAGCUUACUGACAACCAGCCGUCUGGUUUCCUAGGAAACAAAAUCUUGGCUAGAAAUAGUGAAUCAUUUCCAGGUCACUUUCAACAUGGAGAGUGGAGCAGGGAAGCAUUGGACUGAGGAGGAGGUUAAAGCCUUGUUAAGCGUCUGGUCAGAAAAAAAUAUCAGAAAGCAACUCCAUGGCACCCUGAGGAAUAAAGGAAUAUUUAUCUACAUUGCUAAAAGGUUGCAGGAGUUAGGAGUUUGCAGGGAUUGGAAACAGUGCCGUGCAAAGUAUAAAAACCUGAAGUAUGAAUACAGGACGGUUAAAUAUGCCCACAACUCUGGGGAUGUCACUAAAACCAUGAAGUUUUUCCAUGAUCUGGAUGCCAUAUUGCGAUAUGAACCUGUCACACAAUUAGCAGCAGAAGAAAACGGCAGGUGUUCUGCGACUGAGACGCAGCUGAACACAAGCCCCACAACAGACAGCACGCAAGGUGAAAUAUCAGUUUCUUUAGAAGAUGAUGAGGAUGCUCCAGGAGAUCCACUACUUUUUAUGUCACAUGUCAGACCAGUUCAACUAGGUAAUCCAACGUCAGCAAUAGAGGCUUCCAAAACACCGGCUUUUAUUCCAACAGUAGCAAAUGAAGGAGGAAAACACUGGACUGUUAAUGAAGUCAGAGCUUUGAUACGCAUAUGGUCAGACAAAAAUAUCCAGCAACAACUGGAGGGGACAGUGAGAAAUAAAAGAAUAUUUGAACAGGUUGCUGCUAGACUUCAGAAGUUCGGAAUUGACAGGGACUGGAAGCAGUGCAGGACAAAAUAUAAAAAUCUGAAACAUGAAUACAAGAGUGUAAAAAGUGCCCAAGACUCAGGGAGUACAAGUAAAAGUAUGAAAUUUUUUAAUGAACUGGAUGCUAUUCUGGGGCACGGCACCAUGGAACAUGCAAGUAAAUCAGAUAAUGAUGAAAGUGAGAGGCCUCCAGAAUGGACAGAAGCAAAAUCAGAAAAGGACUGCAUAGAAAUGCCUGCAGACACAGGUGAAGAGGACUCUGUUAGUAAUAUGUCAGAAGACCUACGGGUUGCAGAUAUAAAGAAAGUUUCUGACUCAGAAAUCAUUGAAGAUGAGGGGGACUUUGCCAACUCCACCCCGGCAGCUCUGGAAGCUACACAAAUAAAGAAGGAGACAAUUGACAUAGAUGAUGAUUCUAUAAGCACUACCUCAGAAGACAGAUCUUGUACGCCAGUAGCAAAACGGAUGGUCGGGACAGACAAUCACAUUCCCUUGGAAGAAGCACAAAAUCACUUUAAAGUUAUUACAGUUAAUGAUACUGGAGCAGGAAAACACUGGAGUGAUAAUGAAGUCAGAGCUCUGAUAAACAUAUGGUCAGAUGAAAAGAUACAACAAAUGCUUGAAGGGGCCACAAGAAAUAAAGAAAUAUUUGAGGAAAUUGCCAGAAGGUUAAUGAAACGUGGUAUAGACAGAGACUGGAAACAAUGUCGCACAAAGUACAAGAACCUAAAAUACGAAUAUCGCGCACUGCAGAAGGAAAAUGAGCAUCUUGGUAAUCCCAGGAGAAAAAUGAGAUUUUAUGAUGAAGUUGACUGUAUCUUAAGACGACAGCCUCUGGGUCCCUCGAGCUGGGGAUGUGAAAGUUCAAGUCUCCUAUCAGUUUCAGUGGGAGAUGUUACAGCACACACAGGAUCCUUGAGUAUCAAGAGAAAAACAUGGAAUGAUGAGGUAUCACCUGUUCCACUUAAGAAAAGUGCUUCUGAAAACACCAUACUCCACUUCCAAAAACUGUUAACAGAGAGAGUGCACACAGUAACAGAAGGCAAAAAGUUACUGUUAGAAAGGCUUUGUAAGCAGGAAGAAAUGCAAGACUUCAGCAGAACACAGCUGUACGCAGAUCCAUCAGCCGUACAACAGAAAACUUUCCAGAGAGCGGGAUUCACCUGACAAACAAA